UCCUCUAGGCCGCCGGCCGCGAAGCGCUGAGUCACGGUGAGGCGACGGGACCCGCACUCUUUUAACCUGCCCUCCCUGCACUCGCUCCCGGCGGCUCUUCGCGUCCCCCCCAACCCCGCCGCUAAGGCUCCAGGUGCCGCUACCGCUGCGUGAGUACCUGGGGCCCCUGCAGGGGUCCACUAGCCCUCCAUCCUCUACAGCUCAGCAUCAGAAUACUCUCUUUUUAGACUCCGAUAUGGGGUCCUCCAAGAAAGUUACUCUCUCAGUGCUCAGCCGGGAGCAGUCGGAAGGGGUUGGAGCGAGGGUCCGAAGAAGCAUUGGCCGACCCGAGUUAAAAAAUCUGGAUCCGUUUUUGCUGUUUGAUGAAUUUAAAGGAGGUAGACCAGGAGGAUUUCCUGAUCAUCCACAUCGAGGUUUUGAAACAGUAUCCUACCUCCUGGAAGGGGGCAGCAUGGCCCAUGAAGACUUCUGUGGACACACUGGUAAAAUGAACCCAGGAGAUUUGCAGUGGAUGACUGCGGGCCGGGGCAUUCUGCACGCCGAGAUGCCUUGCUCAGAGGAGCCAGCCCAUGGCCUACAACUGUGGGUUAAUUUGAGGAGCUCAGAGAAGAUGGUGGAGCCUCAGUACCAGGAACUGAAAAGUGAAGAAAUCCCUAAACCCAGUAAGGAUGGUGUGACAGUUGCUGUCAUUUCUGGAGAAGCCUUGGGAAUAAAGCCAACAAAACUCAAACACAAUGCUCUCAGGAUGCCAUCUAAUGGAGUCUUUUGUAUUGAGAAUAUGGCUGUUACGUUUGGAAUACGAUACGGACUGAUUAAGAUCUGGCUCCUCCAGUCCAAGGUUUACACUCGCACACCAACCUUAUAUUUGGACUUCAAAUUGGACCCAGGAGCAAAACAUUCCCAACCUAUCCCUAAAGGGUGGACAAGCUUCAUUUACACCAUAUCUGGAGAUGUGUAUAUUGGGCCUGAUGAUGCACAACAAAAAAUAGAACCUCAUCACACAGCAGUGCUUGGAGAAGGUGACAGUGUCCAGGUGGAGAACAAGGAUCCCAAGAGAAGCCACUUUGUCUUAAUUGCUGGGGAGCCAUUAAGAGAACCAGUUGUCCAACAUGGUCCAUUUGUGAUGAACACCAAUGAAGAGAUUUCUCAAGCCAUUCUUGAUUUCAGAAACGCGAAAAAUGGGUUUGAAAGGGCCAAAACCUGGAAAUCAAAGAUUGGGAACUAGUGGAAAGCAGAAAAGCAGGUCUCGAUGUGUCCUAGAAUUUUGCCAUUUGUGAGAUUGAGCCAUUGAAGGCAUUCCAUUUCUAAAGCUUAUUUAGCCAGUGCUUCUAAAGAAUUUCACACUAAAGUGAUAACAUGGUUUUUGUAACAAUAAACGUAGGAUAUUUCCUGGCACAUGCAAAUAAACCUAAUCAUUGUUUCUUUAAAAA